CCCUGCGCCCGCCCCGCUGCCCCGCCCCGCCCGGCCGACAGCGGGUGAUGGCGCCGGCCUGCGCCUGAGGAGCCGCAGCGGGGGACGGUGGGGGAGCCAUGGAGGAGGACCCGGAGCUGGAGAGGAAGGCUGUGGAAGAGUUACUUAAAGAAGCAAAACGUGGGAGAACCAGAGCUGAAACAAUGGGAGCUAUGGGUUGGUUGAAAUGUCCUCUUGCUGGUACAAACAAAAGAUUUCUUAUUAAUACCAUCAAAAAUACAUUGCCAUCUCAAAAAGAACAAGACCAAGAGCGUGAGCAAAAGGAAGAUGACAAGGAGUCUGAGCCAAACAAAAGCAGGAAAGAAGAAAAACCAAAGAAACGCAGAAUUCACCCAUAUACACCCAGCUUUCAGUCCAGAAGGAGAGUCAGCUACUCUCCUCCAAGGCACCAGAGCAGGAACCAGCACACGAAGGAUAAACAUGAAAAGCGAUCAAGCAAGAGAUGAGGGACAAGUAUGUGUUGUUACAAGUCAGGAACGUCAUUAAGUGUAGGAAAGCGGGGGUGUCUCAGUUUCUCAAGAAGAGUUGAUGUUCAAACUUGAGUUUUGAACCAAGUUGCCUGUGUGAGAAGUAACCUUGAGGUAGCUUUAGGAACUUUUCUUUGGGACCUUUAAGAGAAAAGCAAAGUACAGCAUAAAGCAUUCAAUUGUUUUAGAACAGACAUUCCCUUUACUCCAUUCCUCUCUCCCCUUCUGACUAAGCUUAGGGUCCUGGUGAUGGAGCGUGAUAUGUGUGUCACUGUCUAAUAUAAAUCAUGUCACUCUUUUGGAAAUAAAUUUUAAUUAAGCAGAAUUAUA